GUUUUUAGUAAAGUUUAAUUGAACAUCUGUAAUAAUGCAAGAGGACGGAAAAAUAGCAGAUAUGGUUCCAUUGGACUACCAGAUUAUAAAUCACGGUUCGCCAUUGAUCGACCUGUUAUAUUUUUGUUUCGGUGCAACCGACAGGGAAUUUCGGAAAAAGUAUUUAGAACAUUUGAAAGAUUUGUACUUCAGUACUAUGGAGCAAUUUUUGAAAUAUUUUGAAAUGGAUAUUCAAAAAUAUUAUCCAAGGGAAGAAUUUGAAGACCUCUUUAAGAAAAGACUAGAUUUCGGCCUGUUUACCUGCGUCUGGUAUUUGCAGUUCAAUCUAGCUGAAGACGAUGAGAUAGUGAUGUAUCAAAGAUGCAAUUUUCCGAAGUCAGUUUUGGAAAUAAGAAUAAAAGAGUUCAAGUCAGACUACAAGAAGUGGUUGAAGAAUUUAUUGAAUGGGUACAUAUAA